GACAUCGACUGAAGUCUUCGUUUCCAUUCUUCAGAUACCAGAAAUCACGCCCCACCGUCUUCCUCUCGUCCCCAGGCGGCCGUUACUUUGCAUCGAUACAAGCUUUAGGACAGAAAAGGACAAAUCUGAUUUCAUUAAACGGCGAUGUUGUGGAAACUGUACACACCGAGCGUUCACUAUCAACAGCAAUCAGCGACAGCAUACCGCACCUUACCUUACCUGACUACAAGCACACCACAAGCCGUGUAUGCUCCGACAGUGUUGCUCACUAAAGCGACAUUUGACAGUCGGUGCCUUCCCCGCGUUUGAAUCCGCGCCCACCAAGUUGUGUGAUCGGAGGUACCGGAGCGCCGGUCCACGAGCCGCCUGUGCGCUGAUUGGCUGCUACCCCACACUCUCGGGUAGCUGGAAACGGACCGGUCGUCCGAGAUUCCGGGCGUUCCGAAAACGCCGAGUCGCCGACUAAGUGUGCAGAGCACACGCGGUGCACAGCAGAAGAGAACACGUUUAUAUGUGCAACUGCUGCGAUUUGCGAGUGCGAACACUGGGCGUAUGUUGUCCAGGGUGUCGAACCAGAGUAUUGGGUCAGGAUAUCCGGUCCGAGGUAUGUCUUGCGGAGGACUGUCCAAGUUCUUCUGCUUCCGCCGGGUCCUGGCCCUGGCUGUGCGGUUGGCGUUCAGACGUGCACGUCACGACGUGGGCCGAGCAUCCGAGCUUCUUCCAAACGAAUGCUUCUCCCAGGAUUUUGGACGUGACGCGUCCGGAUGAGAAUAGCGUAUGAUAAGGCAUUGGAAUCAUGUGUCAGAGCUCCCUGGUACGUACAUUCGACUCCAAGACCAUGUCAAUGCCGUGCUCCGUCGAAAUCUAUCCCUCUUCUACAUCACCGUCCUAUUCAGUAGCCCAUGCGUACGCCCGCGAACUUGAAGUGCCGACCACCACCCUCU